AUGGACCAGAAGAAUGAUCCAAGCAGCCAGAGUGUUGCCAAUGCCGGAUACAACCGUCUACGCUCAAUUGUUGAUGACAAUGAUAUCAACGCAUGUCUAGAUGAAGAUAGUUUCUUCGAGAACGAAGAUGAAUUUGGACAUGGCAGUAUCACUAUCUCUGAAGGGGAUACAAAUCCUGAUUUUAUCGAUGGAGUCGCCUGCGGCACGCCAUGGUCUGUGCCGUCAUAUAUGAUCACAGCUUUAAUGCGCAAACCCGAUACGUUGGACGGUCUUUCGAAGCGCGAUUGGCCUGAAGAGCUGUAUAAACGAAUACCUGAGCCAGAUAUGCUGCAAUGUAUCAUGGUCGUUGUCGCUGAUCGGAAAGCGUGUGAAGAGGGUUGGGUUUUGUUCUUGGCUGUGAAUCAGAAGGGAGAGAUUCUUCCUUUCCGGAUUCGUGAGAGCGCUGACUACGCAGCUCAACUGAUAUUUAAUUUCAUGGAUGGACAGUGUCUGGACGAGAAUACUCGGGAUCCUAAAGAAGAUAUCGAAUAUUACAUGCGUGGGGGCGAUGGCUGGGCCUGCUGA